CAGGAGUGGGGAUCUGCUCUCCCUCCAGGACUGGUGGAAGGUGGAGCAUGAGGAUCACCAGGGCUUCGUGCCAGCUGUCUACGUCAGGAAACUGGCCCACGAUGAGUUUCCUACACUCCCACAGCGGUGGCGAGAAGAACCAGGCAGCAUCACCCAGCGGCAGCAGCAGAUUGAGGACCAGUAUCACUCUCUCCUCGACCGGGCAGAACAACGCAGACGUGGUCUGUUGCAACGUUACAACGAGUUUCUGCUGGCCUAUGAGGCAGGCGACAUGCUGGACUGGAUCCGAGAGAAAAAGGCAGAAAACACUGGCAUAGAACUAGAUGACGUGUGGGAGCUGCAGAAGAAGUUUGAUGAGUUCCAAACGGAUUUGAAGACCAAUGAGCCUCGACUGAGGGACAUCAACAAGGUAGCUGACGAUCUGCUUUUUGAAGGGCUUCUAACACCGGAAGGAACUCAUAUUCGGCAGGAGCUGAACACCCGCUGGGGCUCCUUGCAGAGGCUUGCAGAGGAGCAGCGCCAGCUGCUGGGCAGUGCCCAUGCUGUCCAAAUGUUCCACAGAGAAGCAGAUGACGUGAAGGAGCAGAUUGAGAAGAAGUGCCAUGCCCUCGGCGCUGCGGAUCCCGGCUCCGACCUGUUCAGUGUUCAGGCCCUUCAGCGACAGCAUGAGGGGUUUGAGAGAGACCUCGCACCCCUGGGAGAAAAGGUGAUCAUAUUGGGAGAGACAGCUGAGCGGCUCAGCGAGUCCCACCCAGACGCCACUGAUGACCUGCAGAAGCAGCGGACGGAGUUGAAUGAGGCCUGGGAUGACCUGCUUGGGCUUACAAAGGACCGGAAGGAGAAUCUAAGUGAGGCCCAGAAAUUCUACCUGUUCCUCAGCAAGUUGUUCCAAGGCAACUGUGACCAGGCAGAGAGCUGGAUGGUGGCUCGUGAGAAUUUCCUGCGGUCAGAUGAUAAGGGUUCCUUAGACAGUCUGGAGGCCUUGAUGAAGAAACGCGAUGAUUUGGACAAAGCAAUCGCUGCCCAGGAAAACAAGAUCACUGAGCUAGAGCAUUUUGCUGAGCGCCUCAUAGCUGAUGACCACUAUGCCAAGGAAGAGAUUGCUGCUCGCCUCCAGCGGGUGCUGGACAGGUGGAAGGCUCUCAAAGCACUGCUGAUUGCUGAGCGGACCAAACUGGGAAACUAUGCUGACCUAAAACAAUUCUACCGUGACCUCGAGGACCUGGAAGAAUGGAUCAGUGAGAUGCUGCCCACCGCCUGUGAUGAGUCCUACAAAGACCCUACCAACAUUCAGAGGAAGUACCUGAAGCACCAGACCUUUGAAAAUGAGGUGUACGGCCGAGCUGAGCAAGUAGAAGGGGUCAUCAACUUGGGGAACUCUCUGAUUGAGCAAAGGGCAUGCGAUGGCAAUGAAGAGACCAUGAAGGGUCAACUGGAAGAGCUGGAGAAACACUGGGACUACCUGCUUGAGAGAACAAUUGACAAAGGGCAGAAGCUCAAUGAGGCUAGUCGCCAGCAGAGGUUCAACACAGGCAUCCGGGAUUUUGAGUUCUGGCUCUCAGAGGCGGAGACACUGCUGGCCAUGAAAGACCAGGCCAGGGACUUGGCUUCCGCAGGAAACCUGCUCAAGAAGCACCAGCUGUUGGAAACAGAGAUGUUGGCCCGAAAUGAUGCACUGAAGGACCUGAAUGAGUUGGCUGCUGAUCUGCUCUCCAGCGGGACUUUCAAUGCUGACCAGAUUGUGGAGAAAAGAGAUAAUGUCAACAAGCGCUUCCUGGAUGUCCAGAAUCUAGCAGCUGCACACCAUGAGAAACUGAAAGAGACCUAUGCCCUGUUCCAGUUCUUCCAGGACCUGGACGACGAGGAGGCCUGGAUAGAAGAGAAGUUGGUGCGAGUGCAGUCCCAGGACCAGGGGAGGGACCUGCAGGGGGUUCAGAACUUACUGAAGAAGCACAGACGGCUAGAGGGGGAGCUGAUGGCACAUGAACCUGCCAUCCAGAACGUGCUGGAUAUGGCAGAGGGACUGGGAGACAAGGCCGCGGUGGGGCGAGAGGAGAUCCAGGAGCGGCUGGCGCAGUUUGUUCAGCACUGGGAGCAGCUCAAAGAGCUGACCAAGGCGAGAGGGCUUCAGUUGGAAGAGUCCCUAGAAUACUUGCAAUUUAUGGAGAAUGCUGAGGAAGAAGAAGCUUGGAUCAAUGAAAAGGAAGCCAUGGUUGCCCGAGGAGAUUCUGGGGACACGUUGGCUGCUACUCAGAGUUUGCUAAAGAAGCAUGAAGGCUUAGAUAAUGACUUUGCUGUCCACGAGGCCCGGGUGCAAAAUGUGUGUGCUCAGGGCGAAGGCAUCCUGAGUAAGGAGGAAAGUCGGCACAAGGAGAAGAGAUUUCCGCCGAUCGAGGCUUUGAACGCAAAGACGCCGUCUCUGGCCCAGGCCAUCGCUUCCUGGAAGUUGCAGUUGGAAGAUGAUCUGGCCUUUCAGGAGUUCAACUGGAAGGCAGAUGUGGCAGAGGCGCGGAUAGCUGAGAAGGAAAGAAGCCUGAAGAUCAAUGGCAACGGUGCAGACCUCACUGCCUUCCUCACUCUCCUGGCAAAGCAGGACACCCUGGAUGCCAGUGUGCAGAGCUUUCAACAAGAGAGGCUGGGUAAGAUAACUGACCUAAAGGACCAGCUGGUGGCCGCUCAGCACAGCCAAUCCAAAGCCAUCGAGGAGCGCCACGCUGCCCUGCUGAGGCGCUGGGAACAGCUGCUGGCAGCCUGUGCAGCCCACAGGCAGAAAUUGCUAGAGAAACAGCUGCCCCUACAGAAGGCUGAGGAGCUAUUCAUGGAAUUUGCACACAAGGCUUCAGCUUUCAACCACUGGUGUGAGAACGCUGAGGAGGACCUGUCCGAAAACGUGCACUGUGUCUCCCUGAAUGAGAUCCGCCAGCUGCAGAAGGACCACGAGGCUUUCUUGGCCUCCUUGGCCAAGGCCCAGGAAGAUCUGAACUAUUUGCGAGAGCUAGACCAGCAGAUUAAGUCCUUACAUGUGCCCUCCAGCCCUUACACCUGGUUAACCAUGGAGGUGCUGGAAAGGAUGUGGAACCACCUACCUGACAUCAUCAAGGAACGGGAACAAGAGCUGCAAAAAGAAGAGGAAAGACAGGUUAAGAACUUUGAGAUGUGUCAGGAGUUUGAACAGAACGCCAGCGCCUUCCUUCAGUGGAUCUUGGAAACCAGGUGUGCUAUGUUUCCGAAACUCAUCCGUUUCUUAUUUUCACUCCCCUCCCUAGGAGUGGUGCCCUGGGUGACUCUCUCUCUUCUCCUCUUCCAGAGGAAGCAGAAGGAGAUCCAGCUGAUGAAACGCCAGCUGACCAAGAUUGAAGAUCUGGGAGACAACCUAGAAGAGGCUCUGGUUCUGGACAUCAAAUACAGCACCAUUGGGUUGGCGCAGCAGUGGGACCAGCUCUAUCAGCUUGGGAUGCGAAUGCAACACAACCUGGAACAACAGAUCCAAGCCAAAGAUACUAUAGGUGUGAGUGAGGAGACACUGAAGGAGUUUAGCACAACCUAUAAGGAAACAGAGGCUGGAACUGGGGGAAACCUGUUUCUUCUCUGUGUUGAGAGGGCACAGUUCCUGAUCCUUUUAUCCGACAGGAAGGGCUAUGUCUCACUGGAAGAAUAUACCUCAUUCCUGAUUGACAAGGAAUCAGAGAACAUCAAGACCAGCGAUGAAAUAGAGAAUGCUUUCCAAGCUUUGGCAGAGGGCAAGAACUAUAUUACCAAAGAUGACAUGAAGCAGGCUCUCACACCAGAACAAGUGUCCUUCUGUGCCUCACAUAUGCAGCAAUACGUGGACCCACGGGCCGGAGCCACCCUGCUGGCUAUGAUUAUGUUGGCUUCACCAAUUCCUUCUUUGGCAACUGAUAAGCAAUUCUUACUAGAUCAUAUAAAAUCUUGGUUGUGGAAUUAUUGGGGAAUGAAAGAGGCGAAUGCACAGGGAAGAAAGAUAGUCGUGUGUGUGUGUAUUACAUUAAUUGCAGGACCCAAAAGAGAAACAACCUUCGGAGAUAUAAGGCAUUAGUAAAGUUGGAGAAGAGGAGACCAGGGGCUUAUUUUGCAUGAAGCUAAUUAAACCAACUGAUGGGUGCCAAGUUCUCUCUUUUCUAAAAAAUAAAUAAAAAAUAAAAAAAUUUAUUAUAGUGACAUUGGUUAAUAAAAUCAUAUAAAUUUCAAGUAUGCAAUUCUGGGAGACAACAUUUGUAUAUUGCAUUGUAAACCCACUGCCCAAAGUAAAAUCUUCUUGCAUCACCAAA